AUGGACCUGCCACUCCCCGUGCAUGGCCCCAGCUGGAUGGGGGCUGUGCUGUUCCUUGGGGGACAGCUCCUAGCACUCUGGCCUGUGGCAGCUGUGGAAGUUCACACUUCCAGGGAAGUAGAGGCUCUGAAUGGGACCAAUGUACGCUUAAAAUGCACCUUUUCCAGCUCAAGCGCAGUUAGCCAGCGUGUGACGGUGACCUGGAACUUCCAGCCUCAGGGAAUGAACUCUCAUGAGUCUGUGCUCUACUACUAUGAGGAGCCCUAUCCCCCAACCAGUGGGCGGUUUAAAGAGCGAGUUACUUGGGAUGGGAACAUUGACCGGAACGAUGCUUCCAUCGUUGUCUGGAACUUGAAUCCCACUGACAAUGGGACGUUCACUUGCCAGGUGAAGAACCCGCCAGAUGUUGAUGGCACAAUUGGCGAAAUCCAACUCCGUGUUGUGCAGCAAGUGCAUUUCUCGGAAAUCCACAUCCUGGCUCUGGUCAUAGGGUCUGCCUGUGCUCUGAUGAUCAUUGUGGUGAUAAUGGUAGUUGUCUGGCGACACUAUCGGAACAGACGGCAAGAGAAGAGCACUGAGAUGGUGGAGACAGAACUAACAGAAAAGGAGAAGCUGAAGAGUACAGAAGAGAAGGUAGCUGUCCCAUUAGAAGACUAA